AUGGGGGAUGGGGCCGGAGGCUGCACGCGGGGGAGGCCCCGGGCCGCCGCCCCGGAACGGCCCCGGGCCGGCCGCCGCCCGGCGGGCGCGGGCCCGCGCGGGAGCCCGAGCCGCACGGACAUCUCCGGGGGCGGCCCCCCCGCCCGCCCGGCCCUCGGCCCGCCGCCCCGCCUCCGCCGGCGGAGCCCCGCCCCGCGCCCGCCGCCCCCCGCCGCCGCCAUCUUGGGAAGGUCCGCGCUCGCCGCGGCGGGCGGACGCCAUGACAGAGAGGUCAGAGGGUCAGGACGCCGCCUCCCGCCGCAGGCCGCGGUGGGAGCGUGGGGGGCCGCCGCGGAGAUGCUGGCGAGAGCCCAGCGUCCGGAGGGUGCGAUUCCCCGUACCUGGACCGUAGAAAGCAAAAGUUCUGCACGGGAAGUCAGCGAUGUUUUACCCACAAAAGCCUGCAGCUUCUGUGAGCUCCAAGUGAACGAGAGAAGCGAAUUCCAACAGGCAGGGAGAGACGAGGGCAGUGGGCCCAGCUACCAUGUCCUGUGCUGUGCUGCUCACGUGGGCCUGCCCAGUCUCAGAAGAAGCAGCCUCAGAGGCCAGCAGGCUAUGUCCUGUUUCCUUAACACUGUCCAUCUGUCCCCAGGAGUGUUACUGGAUGUCCAGAAGUAUUUUCACAUCAGUGACAGCCAUGCUGGUUUGCUGCAGACAGGCUUCAUCGGCUGCCUGCUGGUGUCUGCGCCUGUGUUUGGCUAUCUGGGUGACCGCCACAGCCGCAAGGCCACGCUGAGUUUCGGGAUCCUGCUGUGGUCAGGGGCUGGCCUCUGCAGCUCCUUCAUCUCCUCCCAGUAUUCCUGGCUCUUCUUCCUGUCCCGGGGGUUCGUGGGUAUCGGUGCAGCAAGCUACUCCACCGUCGCACCCACAGUCCUGGGUGACCUCUUCGUGAAGGACCAGCGGACCUGUGUACUGGCUGUCUUUUAUAUCUUCAUCCCUGUUGGAAGUGGCCUGGGCUAUGUGUUGGGGUCGGCUGUAGCGGAGCUGACAGGGAACUGGCGUUGGGCCCUCCGAAUCAUGCCCUGCUUGGAUGUUGUGGCCUUGGUUCUGCUCGUCUUGCUGGUUCCAGACCUACCCCGAGGAGCAGCUGAGGAGCAGGAAGCAGUGGCUGUGGGGGCUCCUAGGAGCAGCUGGUGUGAGGAUGUCAGGUACUUGGGAAGAAACUGGAGUUUUGUGUUUUCAACUCUCGGGGUGACAGCCAUAGCUUUUGUGACUGGAGCUCUGGGCUUCUGGGCACCUAAGUUUCUGUUCGAAGCUCGCGUGGUCCACGGGCUACAGUCUCCCUGCUUCCAGGAGCCGUGUGGCAGCCAGGACAGCCUGAUUUUUGGAGCACUGACUGUCGCAACCGGCAUUAUUGGUGUCAUCCUGGGGGCAGAGGCCUCAAGAAGGUACAAGAAGGUGAACCCCAGGGCUGAGCCCCUCAUCUGUGCUUCUAGUCUGUUUGCCACCGCUCCUUGCCUCUACCUGGCUCUCAUCUUGGCCUCAAGGACCCUCGUGGCUUCUUAUAUGUUCCUGGCCCUCGGGGAGCUCCUUCUGUCUUGCAACUGGGCGGUAGUUGCUGAUAUCCUAUUGUCAGUAGUGGUGCCCAGGUGCCGGGGCACAGCAGAGGCGCUCCAGAUCACAGUGGCCCACAUCCUGGGAGAUGCUGGCAGCCCCUACCUCACUGGACUUAUCUCCAGUGUCCUGCAGGCUGAGCGCCCCAACUCCUACCUGCAGCGCUUCCUUGGUCUGCAACACAGCCUGCUGUGCUGUGCCUUCGCCAUCAUACUGGGUGGCGGCUGCUUCCUGCUGACUGCACUGCACCUGGAAGGAGACCAGGCCCGGGCCAGGCGAUCUGGAACCCUGGACAAGGACGUAGCCAGCAGGAGCAAUGAGAGCCAAUACCUGCUCUCUGGGACCAGCACCCCAGCAGAGGAGGCCCGAGUCCCGGUCCUGCAGUGAGCAGGCUCCAUCCUACCUACAUCCUCCUGGUGGCCUCCCAUCUUGGCUGUGACUCAGGGGCUCCAGCUAAGCUUACUUGCCACUUGUUCAGUCCCGGCUGGGGAGCUGCCAGGGCCCAGGAGCUGGCUGGAUUGAGCUGUCACCACCCUCCUGGGAGGCUGAUCCCUGUGUCUGCACCCAGCAGGGAGGCCAGGCCCUUAUUAAAGCAUGGCCAGUGC